AUGACCUUGUUACAAUCGGGUGUGUCAUCUCCUUGGUGCAAAAGCGAGCUGGAUUUAGUACAUCGCGAUAUGGCGAGGUCGGAAGAAGGAUUAGUCUCGAAUAGAAUAUGGGAUUUAACCUCUCCUUCAGUUUCUCCGGCAGUACGUUCAUUAGCGUGGUUGCCAGCACUAGAAGAUCCCGUUUGUGUAGUGAUGGCACAGAAUACCAAACGUCUGUUAUAUCUAGCGAAACGAAAACAAGUGCUUCGCUCUAUCGAGGCUCAUCGAGGCCGGCGCAUCCCUUUCUUUCGGUCAGCCAUGUAG